CUGACGGCAAAACGUAUUCGACGCUUACGUGUGAUAUUAUUGUUUUAUUUAAAUCGACCUCGUUUGAUGUUAUCUCUGACGUUUUCUUUGAAAUAAUAUUUUGACAUUUAUGUAUAAAAGUUUUAUUUAGGUACGAUAAAUAUGGUUCUUGCUGCAAUUCUACGGAGCUCUUCAAGAAAUGCAGUUUUUAGCAAUCUACUCAGAACAACUGCAAUCAUAACGGAACCACAAAAAUAUUUCGUACAAUUUACCAAAAGUAACCAACCCAGGCAGUUAUUUCAAGCUACUUGUAUAAAGCCAUCCCUUUAUGAUUUUUCCAAAAGAUAUAUGAGUGGCAAUCAUGCUAAAAUUUGGCCUUUUGAAAAACUAGUAACGUUAUCUCUAGUAGGAUUAGUCCCAGCUACGUUUAUAACGCCAAAUGCUGUUUUAGAUGAUAUUUUUGCUGCAAUUAUGUGUCUGCAUAUGCAUUGGGGUUUAGAAUCAUGCCUAACCGAUUAUGUAAGACCCAUUAUAUUUGGUCCACUAAUUCCAAAAAUAGCCCUGCUACUACUCUACCUCGUGUCUUUAGGUACAUUAGCAAGUCUACUAAACUAUAAUCACAAUGACAUAGGUAUUGGAGCCACUUUUCAAAAAAUUUGGCAAAUGGAGGCUGAAACUUCAGAUUAGAAGUUAUAGCAAGUCUACUUAACUCUAACCAUAAUGAUAUAGGUAUUGGGGCCACUUUUUAAAAAAUUUUGGCAAAUGGAGGCUGAAAUUUAAUAAAAAGUUAUAAAGUUCUUUAUAUAAAGAUAAAUUCAUUUACAAAUAUAGUUUGUUUAUUUUAAUUUU